GACUAUCCUUUGCGGAUUAAAUCUAAUCCCGUGCUGUUCGUCCCGAGACAUGGACUUCAACGCUCGAAAGAUUCGUUUUUGAAAUAAAACUACAAACGAGUGCAGUGUCAAACGGUUCUAAAAACCGGAAAACGGACAUGAAAUUUUGGCGAUUCGAAUAGUAAACUCGGAACGAUUCGCGGCCGAACUCUAGCGAAUCGCGGUUGCGAGUUUCCCGGCGCUGCCGCUCGCACGAAAGAGGGCGGCAGUAUCGUGUCAAACGUCGGUCCGUGCGGUCGCUUUCGCGGCAUAAUCUGUGAUUUUUUUUAGUGUAGCUCCAGAUAAUCCAAGUUAAUCUACAAUGGCGGACCAGCUGACGGAGGAACAGAUCGCGGAGUUCAAGGAGGCGUUCUCGCUGUUCGACAAGGACGGUGACGGCACCAUCACCACCAAGGAGUUGGGCACCGUGAUGCGCUCACUCGGACAGAACCCCACCGAAGCUGAGCUCCAGGAUAUGAUCAACGAGGUUGACGCUGACGGCAAUGGUACGAUAGACUUCCCCGAAUUCCUGACAAUGAUGGCGCGCAAGAUGAAAGACACGGACAGCGAGGAGGAGAUCCGCGAGGCGUUCCGUGUUUUCGACAAGGACGGCAACGGGUUCAUCUCGGCCGCCGAGUUGCGCCACGUGAUGACUAACCUCGGCGAGAAGCUCACCGACGAGGAGGUCGACGAGAUGAUCCGCGAGGCCGACAUCGACGGCGACGGACAGGUCAAUUACGAGGAAUUCGUGACCAUGAUGACGUCGAAGUGAGCCGCCGGAUAGUGUGUGUGUAAAAAGCAGAGAAUUUAAAUAUACAUUUUGUUUCAUGACACACAAUAUUACCAUCGUAUUGGACCUGCAUUUCUCUAGUGUUUGCGAUAAAUUAAAUAUUGUCAUCGUUUCAGUUCACUGUAAUUGUGACGUGUGGCGCGCGGCGGCGGGCCGGGCCGGGCCGGCGCGCCUUUUUAUUUAGAUUUAAAGUAUUCCGUUAAUUUUACUAUGUAAGAAAAUUUUAACUGUAGCGGUGGGAAAACGAAUAGGUGUGCGUCGCAAUGUGAUGGUAUAAGUCUCGGGUUAGUGUCGGCUCAUAAUUUAUAUUUGUGUAUAUUUUCGCUGCGGCGGCGCGGCGCGGCCCGCCGCGGGCGCCGCCCCGGCCUGUAAUUAUGUAUGUGUGCGUGCGUGCCUCUGUUUGCGUCGCGCCCUAGUAUAUGCGGUGCUAGCGUCCGCACCUUUCCGAUACAUUUUAAUGUGUAAAUUUUUUUCAAGUACGAGAUAUUUAUAAAGUACGUGAAGAUAAAAAUGAAAAAACAAAAAAAAAAUAGUGUGCCCGUGUAAAGCGGUGUAACCCAGUACAGCACUGAGCCGUCUCGCACGGCGGCCGCGUCUGGCCCGACGGCCGCGCCUGGCCCGACGGCCCGAUGGCCCGAAGGGCGCGGCCGCCGCGCGAGCGUGAGACGCCCACUCCGUGUACAUUAUGAUCAUAAUAAAUGUUUAAAUUUAACUAACUCAGUAAACGAAUAAACUAGAUUAUUAUUGGUACUGCAUUAAUUGUAUCUGUAAAUGAACUCGAUAAAUAUUAUAUUUCUAUUGUUGGUGAAACUAAUUCUAUCGAAUGGAAAGUGCUCCGCUCUGUUAUCUCUUACCACAUUUAAUUCAUUCUGUUAUAAAUUUUACAAAAAGACAUACUGAAAAUAAAUGUUUCUUCAUUUUUAGGUCAAUAA